AAUUAAGUAAGAAAAAUGGAUUCACGUCCUUAGAAAACCCAACAUGAAAUCAUAUUAUAGAUAAACAAUAUUCCAACUCCUGUUACUCUUGUCUAUUACAUAGCGUGGAGAUGGAGAAGAAGUUCCAAAACAGGGAAGAGAAUGAACAAUUCAACCUCUCCAACGAUGGCUCUAUUUGUGGCUACGAUUCCCUUCACCUUCUUCUCAAGGACAAUCUUAAACCCCAUCACUUCCAGGAAGUCAAUCGUUUGCUUACUGGACUUAAUUGUGGAAAAGCACUUGAAACAAUUGCUCUACCUCAAUCUGCUACAGCUCUUUCCACAGAACAUGGUUUUGACCUCCAGGCUUUCUGCUUUCAUGCGGAUAAAGAAGUAUUGAGGGAACCUCGAGUAGUGAGGGUAGGUUUGAUUCAAAACUCUAUUGCCCUCCCAACAACUGCUCAUUUUGUGGAUCAAAAAAAGGCUAUAUUUGAGAAAGUAAGGCCAAUUAUUGAUUCUGCUGGUUCAUCAGGAGUCAACAUAUUAUGCUUGCAAGAAAUGUGGAUGAUGCCAUUAGGCGUUUGGACACGAGACAAGAAGUGGUGUGAAUUUGCAGAACCUGUCGAUGGAGAAUCAACUAAAUUUUUGCAAAGCUUCGCAGUCAAGUAUAACAUGGUGAUUAUAAGCCCAAUUCUUGAGAGGGAUUUGAAUCACGGAGAGGUUAUUUGGAACACUGCCGUAGUAAUUGGGAAUCACGGCAAUAUAAUUGGUAUACACAGAAAGAACCAUAUACCAAGAAUUGGAGAGAUGAAUGAGAGCACAUUUUAUAUGGAAGGAAAUACAGGCCACCCUGUAUUUGAAACAGCAUUUGGAAAGAUUGCCAUUAAUAUAUGUUUCGGUAGGCACCAUCCGUUAAAUUCUUUAAUUUUUGGCUUGAAUGGCGCCGAAAUUAUUUUCAACCCUACUGCUACUAUUGGUGAACUCACUGAAGCAAUGUGGCCAAUAGAGCAACGUAAUGCGGCAAUAGCAAAUAGUUACUAUUUUGCUUCAAUCAACCGUGUCGGGACUGAGACAUUCCCCGGUCCAGUUACUUCUACAGAUUUUAAUUUUUAUGGAUCAAGUUAUAUUUCAGCACCGGACGCAUCCUGCACGCCGUGUUUAUCGCAUCACAGGGAUGGCCUAUUAGUAACAGACAUGGAUCUUAACCUGUGCAGGCAAUAUAAAGACAAAUGGGGUUUCCGUAUGACAGCACGAUACGAGUUGUAUGCAGAGACACUUGCUCGGUAUUUGAAACCAGAAUUUGAGCCUCAAGUCAUCCGUGAUCCCUUACUUCAUUAGAGAUCCUCAUGACCUGUGCUAGAAAGUGCUCAUUGCAAUCUUUUCAAACUGUUUCUUCUUGUGUGGGAUAUUAUAUGUAUUAUGUUCAAAAGAAACAAACUCAAAUGAUGUUUUCAGACAAGGUUUGGAUUAUUAGAAAACUGAAAUAACACUAGUUCUACAUAGCAA